AUGUGGGUGGAUUUUCACAAAGAUGGCAAAAAGUACAUCCCCAACAAAGAGGCCACCCCCUUGCCAAAUUUCAAGUCCCUGCUCAACAGUGGCAGAGAUAAACGUGGAGGCCCCAUUCUAACAUUUCCAGCUCGCAGCAAUCAUGAUAGAAUACGACAAGAGGACCUUAGGAGACUAAUAUCAUACCUAGCUUGUAUCCCUAGUGAAGAAGUUUGUAAACGAGGAUUCACAGUGAUUGUAGACAUGCGUGGAUCUAAAUGGGACUCUAUUAAGCCUCUGCUGAAGAUUUUACAGGAAUCCUUUCCCUGUUGUAUUCAUGUUGCACUGAUAAUCAAGCCGGACAACUUCUGGCAAAAACAGAGGACUAACUUCGGCAGCUCUAAGUUUGAAUUUGAGACUAACAUGGUAUCUCUGGAAGGCCUUACCAAAGUAGUUGACCCCUCUCAACUAACUCCAGAAUUUGAUGGCUGUUUGGAGUAUAACCAUGAGGAAUGGAUUGAAAUCAGAGUUGCCUUUGAGGACUACAUAAGCAGUGCAACCCACAUGCUGUCCAGACUGGAGGAACUGCAGGAUAUAUUGGCUAAAAAGGAAUUGCCUCAGGACUUGGAGGGUGCUCGAAAUAUGAUUGAGGAGCAUUCACAAUUGAAGAAGAAAGUCAUUAAGGCCCCUAUUGAGGACCUUGACUUGGAAGGACAAAAGCUGCUCCAGCGGAUACAGAGCAGUGAAAGUUUCCCCAAAAAGAACUCUGGGUCAGGGAACGCAGACUUGCAGAACCUUUUACCCAAAGUAUCCACCAUGUUGGACCGGCUGCACUCAACUCGGCAGCAUCUGCAUCAGAUGUGGCAUGUGCGGAAGUUGAAACUGGACCAAUGUUUUCAGCUCAGGCUGUUUGAGCAAGAUGCUGAAAAGAUGUUUGACUGGAUCACACACAACAAAGGUCUGUUUCUGAAUAGUUACACAGAGAUUGGAACCAGUCACCCCCACGCUAUGGAGCUGCAGACGCAGCACAAUCACUUUGCCAUGAACUGUAUGAAUGUGUAUGUAAACAUAAACCGCAUCAUGUCAGUAGCAAAUCGUUUGGUUGAGUCUGGCCAUUAUGCUUCACAGCAGAUUAAACAGAUUGCUAGUCAGUUGGAGCAAGAGUGGAAGGCAUUUGCUGCAGCCUUGGAUGAACGAAGCACCUUACUGGAUAUGUCCUCCAUCUUCCACCAGAAAACGGAACAGUACAUGAACAACGUGGAUUCAUGGUGUAAGGCCUGUGGUGAGGUAGAACUUCCUUCUGAACUACAAGAUUUAGAAGAUGCCAUUCAUCAUCAUCAAGGAAUAUAUGAGCAUAUCAGUCUGGCUUACUCAGAGGUGAGCCAAGAUGGGAAGUCGUUACUUGACAAACUUCAGCGACCUUUGACUCCUGGAAGCUCUGACUCGUUAACAGCUUCUGCUAACUACUCCAAGGCAGUGCAUCAUGUCCUGGAUGUCAUCCAUGAAGUACUGCACCACCAGCGACAACUGGAGAACAUUUGGCAGCAUCGGAAGGUCCGCCUGCACCAACGGCUUCAGCUCUGUGUUUUUCAACAGGAUGUCCAACAGGUAUUGGACUGGAUUGAGAAUCAUGGAGAAGCUUUCCUUAGCAAACACACCGGGGUAGGAAAAUCCCUGCAUCGGGCCAGAGCUUUGCAGAAACGCCAUGAAGACUUUGAAGAAGUAGCACAGAACACAUAUACCAAUGCAGAUAAAUUGCUAGAAGCAGCCGAGCAGCUGGCUCAGACGGGGGAGUGUGACCCAGAAGAGAUUUAUCAAGCUGCACAUCAGUUGGAAGACAGAAUACAGGAUUUUGUUAGGCGUGUGGAGCAACGCAAGAUCCUGCUGGACAUGUCUGUGUCUUUUCAUACUCACGUUAAAGAGCUAUGGACGUGGCUCGAGGAGUUACAAAAAGAGCUGCUUGAUGAUGUCUACGCAGAGUCUGUGGAGGCUGUACAAGACUUGAUCAAACGCUUUGGCCAGCAGCAACAGACCACUUUACAGGUUACAGUCAAUGUCAUCAAGGAAGGGGAGGAUCUUAUACAGCAACUAAGGGAUUCUGCCAUUUCUAGUAACAAGACCCCUCACAACAGUUCCAUCAAUCACAUAGAGACAGUACUGCAGCAGCUGGACGAGGCCCAGUCUCAGAUGGAGGAGCUUUUUCAGGAACGCAAGAUCAAGCUUGAACUCUUCCUGCAGCUACGCAUAUUUGAGAGAGAUGCAAUAGAUAUAAUUUCAGACCUUGAGUCGUGGAAUGAUGAGCUUUCUCAGCAGAUGAACGACUUCGACACUGAAGAUCUUACAAUAGCAGAGCAGAGACUCCAGCACCAUGCAGACAAAGCCCUGACCAUGAAUAACCUGACCUUUGAUGUCAUCCACCAAGGACAAGAUCUGCUGCAGUAUGUCAAUGAAGUGCAGGCUUCUGGUGUGGAGCUGCUUUGUGACAGAGAUGUAGAUAUGGCAACUCGUGUUCAGGAUCUGCUGGAAUUUCUUCAUGAGAAACAACAGGAGCUGGACUCAGCAGCGGAACAGCAUCGGAAACACUUAGAACAGUGUGUACAGCUGCGCCACCUGCAGGCUGAAGUCAAACAGGUGCUGGGCUGGAUCCGAAAUGGGGAGUCUAUGUUAAAUGCAGGGCUUAUCACGGCUAGCUCCCUGCAGGAGGCAGAACAGCUGCAAAGGGAACACGAGCAGUUCCAGCAUGCUAUAGAGAAAACACAUCAAAGUGCACUGCAGGUGCAGCAGAAAGCAGAGGCAAUGCUGCAGGCUAAUCAUUAUGAUAUGGAUAUGAUCAGGGACUGCGCUGAGAAAGUUGCUUCUCAUUGGCAGCAGCUGAUGCUCAAGAUGGAGGACCGUCUCAAACUUGUGAAUGCUUCCGUUGCCUUCUAUAAAACAUCAGAGCAGGUGUGCAGUGUGCUGGAGAGUCUGGAGCAGGAAUAUAAGCGGGAAGAAGACUGGUGUGGGGGAGCAGACAAACUGGGUCCCAACUCUGAAACAGAUCACGUGACCCCUAUGAUAAGCAAGCACCUUGAACAAAAAGAAGCGUUCCUGAAGGCUUGUACGCUGGCUCGGAGGAAUGCUGAUGUCUUCCUGAAAUACCUGCACAGGAAUAGUGUAAACAUGCCAGGGAUGAUGACUCACAUCAAAGCUCCUGAACAACAAGUCAAAAAUAUCUUAAAUGAACUCUUCCAGAGGGAGAACCGCGUGCUGCAUUACUGGACAAUGAGAAAAAGGCGCCUUGACCAGUGUCAGCAGUAUGUGGUCUUUGAAAGAAGCGCCAAACAGGCUUUGGAAUGGAUCCAUGACAAUGGAGAGUUUUAUUUAUCCACGCAUACCUCCACUGGUUCCAGUAUCCAUCACACUCAAGAGCUGUUAAAAGAACAUGAAGAAUUUCAGAUCACUGCAAAGCAAACCAAAGAGAGGGUGAAGCUGUUGAUACAGCUGGCUGAUGGCUUUUGUGAAAAAGGGCAUGCCCAUGCAGCAGAGAUUAAAAAAUGUGUCACAGCAGUGGACAAGAGGUACAGAGACUUCUCUCUGCGCAUGGAGAAAUAUAGGACCUCUUUAGAAAAAGCCCUGGGGAUUUCUUCUGAUUCAAAUAAAUCGAGCAAAAGCCUGCAGCUGGAUAUAAUCCCAGCUAGUGUUCCUGGGUCAGAGGUGAAACUGCGCGAUGCUGCUCAUGAGCUUAAUGAAGAAAAGAGAAAAUCUGCCCGCAGGAAAGAGUUCAUUAUGGCUGAGCUAAUUCAGACAGAAAAGGCUUACGUAAGAGACCUCCGGGAAUGUAUGGAUACGUAUCUGUGGGAAAUGACCAGUGGCGUUGAGGAGAUCCCACCUGGUAUUGUAAACAAAGAACACAUUAUCUUCGGAAACAUGCAGGAAAUCUAUGAGUUCCAUAAUAACAUAUUCCUAAAGGAGCUGGAGAAAUACGAACAGUUACCAGAAGAUGUUGGGCACUGCUUCGUAACUUGGGCAGACAAGUUUCAAAUGUAUGUUACGUAUUGUAAAAAUAAGCCAGAUUCUACCCAGCUGAUAUUGGAGCAUGCAGGGGCAUAUUUUGAUGAAAUACAACAGCGACAUGGAUUGGCCAACUCCAUCUCCUCUUACCUUAUCAAACCUGUCCAGAGGAUAACAAAAUAUCAGCUUCUCUUAAAGGAGCUGCUCACCUGCUGUGAAGAAGGUAAAGGCGAGAUUAAAGAUGGUCUGGAGGUGAUGCUUAGUGUGCCAAAGCGAGCCAAUGAUGCCAUGCACCUCAGCAUGCUGGAAGGGUUUGAUGAGAAUAUUGAAUCUCAGGGAGAGCUCAUCCUUCAGGAAUCCUUCCAAGUUUGGGACCCCAAAACUUUAAUCCGAAAGGGUCGUGAGAGGCAUCUCUUCCUCUUUGAGAUGUCCUUGGUCUUCAGUAAAGAGGUGAAGGACUCAAGUGGGAGGAGCAAAUACAUAUACAAGAGCAAACUGUUUACUUCAGAGCUGGGUGUCACAGAGCACGUAGAAGGAGAUCCUUGCAAAUUUGCACUGUGGGUAGGAAGGACACCAACUUCUGACAACAAAAUUGUGCUUAAGGCUUCCAGUAUAGAGAAUAAACAAGACUGGAUCAAGCACAUCCGGGAAGUGAUACAAGAAAGAACCAUUCAUCUGAAAGGAGCAUUGAAAGAGCCAAUCCACAUCCCCAAAACAGCUCCAACAACUAAGCAGAAAGGAAGGAGAGAUGGAGAGGACCUGGACAGUCAGGGAGAUGGCAGCAGCCAGCCUGAUACUAUUUCAAUUGCAUCACGAACUUCCCAGAAUACACUAGACAGUGAUAAGUUGUCAGGUGGCUGCGAGUUGACUGUGGUCAUCCAUGACUUCACAGCAUGCAACAGCAAUGAGCUAACAAUCCGCCGUGGUCAGACAGUGGAGGUUCUAGAGAGGCCACAUGACAAGCCCGACUGGUGUCUGGUACGAACCACAGAUCGAUCCCCUGCUGCAGAAGGGCUAGUUCCUUGUGGGUCGCUCUGCAUUGCCCACUCUAGAAGCAGCAUGGAGAUGGAGGGUAUCUUUAAUCACAAAGACUCUCUUUCAGUCUCCAGUAACGAUGCCAGUCCUCCUGCCUCCGUAACAUCACUUCAGCCCCAUAUGAUUGGUGCACAGAGCUCCCCAGGCCCCAAACGCCCUGGCAACACUCUGAGGAAAUGGCUUACCAGUCCAGUGAGGCGCCUUAGCAGUGGGAAGGCAGAUGGGCAUGUCAAGAAAUUGGCCCAUAAGCCUAAGAAGAGUAGAGAGGUCCGCAAAAGUGCUGAUGCUGGCUCUCAGAAGGACUCAGAUGACAGUGCUGCUACGCCGCAGGAUGAAACCAUUGAAGAGGCACUGGAAGAUCGUCCAAGUUCACUGUUGGUAGACCAAGGUGACAGCAGCAGUCCAUCUUUCAACCCUUCAGACAACUCCCUUCUCUCUUCCUCGUCACCCAUAGAUGAAAUGGAAGAAAGGAAAUCCAGCUCUUUAAAAAGACGACACUAUGUCUUACAGGAAUUAGUGGAGACGGAGCGAGAUUACGUCCGAGAUCUGGGUUAUGUAGUUGAGGGUUACAUGGCACUUAUGAAAGAAGAUGGUGUACCUGAUGACAUGAAGGGGAAAGACAAGAUUGUAUUCGGCAACAUUCACCAAAUUUACGACUGGCACAGAGACUUCUUUUUAGGAGAAUUGGAGAAGUGCCUUGAAGAUCCAGAAAAACUGGGAUACCUCUUCGUUAAGCAUGAGAGAAGGUUGCACAUGUACAUAGUUUACUGCCAAAACAAACCAAAGUCUGAGCACAUUGUCUCGGAAUACAUUGAUACAUUUUUUGAGGACUUGAAGCAGCGCCUGGGCCACAGACUUCAGCUCACAGACUUGCUAAUAAAACCAGUGCAGAGAAUUAUGAAAUACCAAUUGUUACUCAAGGACUUCCUCAAAUACUCUAAAAAAGCUAACCUUGACACAACAGAACUAGAGAGAGCUGUAGAGGUCAUGUGCAUAGUACCGAAACGGUGCAACGACAUGAUGAAUGUUGGCCGCCUUCAAGGAUUUGAUGGUAAAAUUGUAGCCCAGGGUAAACUCCUGCUGCAGGACACAUUCCUGGUCACAGACCAGGACACGGGACUUCUGCCACGUUGCAAAGAAAGGCGGGUCUUCCUGUUUGAGCAGAUUGUCAUAUUCAGUGAGCCACUAGAUAAAAAGAAAGGUUUCUCCAUGCCGGGAUUCUUGUUUAAAAACAGUAUCAAGGUGAGUUGUCUUUGCCUGGAGGAAAACGUGGACAGUGAUCCAUGUAAAUUUGCACUAACAUCAAGAACAGGGGAUGUCUUGGAGACCUUUGUUUUGCAUUCUGCCAGUCCAGGCGUACGCCAAUUGUGGAUCCAUGAAAUCAACCAAAUUCUGGAAAACCAGCGUAAUUUUUUGAAUGCCUUGACAUCACCAAUUGAGUAUCAGAAGAACCACAGUAGCGGUGGCGGUGGCAGCAGCAACAGCAGCGGCCCCAGCAGCUGUAGCGGAAUUACCAGCUCCAGCCGUAGCAGGCCCUCCCGGAUCCCCCAGCCUGUCAGACACCAUUCCCCAGUCCUGGUCUCCUCUGCAGCCUCCGCCCAAGCAGAGGCAGACAAGAUGUCAGGUAUGUCCAUUCAUAAUCCCUCCCUGCCACCCCACAGCACAUCCCUAGAGACUGGCCUCAGCCAGCCAGCCAGGCACCCUCCCAUUGCAGAACCGGAUGGUCCUGAGAAAGCCGCUGAGCAGAUUCCCAAGAUGAAAGUUAUUGAGAGCCCCAGGAAGACAGCUGGAAACGUUUCUGGGUCAGCAGACGGAGCCCAGAAAGAAUUGCGUGGGAGCUCGGAGGACAAUCGCUCAAGGAGCAGCAUAGGAUCUCUGACGCUCGGGAAGCCAAGGCCAGGAGCCAUCUCUCCAAUGAACUCUCCUCUCUCAACGACUUUCCCUUCUCCUUUUGGCAAGGAAACCUUUCCACCCAGCAGUCCCCUGCAAAAGGGCUCCUUUUGGAGCUCCAUCCCAGCAUCCCCUGCCAGCCGCCCUGGCUCCUUCACUUUCCCUGGGGACAAUGACUCCCUCCAGCGCCAGGUCCACCGCCACUCUUCACACAGCAAGGACACAGACCGCAUGAGCACAUGCUCCUCGACCAGCGAGCAGUCAGUUCACUCCACCCAAAGUAAUGGGAGUGAAAGUAGCAGCAGUAGCAAUAUCUCCACCAUGCUGGUGACACACGAUUACACGGCAGUGAAGGAGGAUGAGAUAAAUGUCUACCAAGGAGAGGUCGUGCAAAUUCUAGCCAGCAACCAACAGAACAUGUUUUUGGUGUUCAGAGCCGCCACUGACCAGUGCCCUGCAGCCGAGGGCUGGAUUCCCGGCUAUGUCUUGGGGCAUACCAGUGCAGUCAUCAUUGACAACCAUGAUGGAACAAUCAAGAAGUCAACAUCUUGGCACACAGCACUCCGUUUAAGGAAGAAAUCUGAGAAAAAAGAUAAAGACGGCAAAAGGGAAGGCAAGCUAGAAAAUGGUUAUCGCAAAUCCCGAGAAGGACUUGCCAACAAGGUUUCCGUGAAGCUUCUCAACCCCAACUACAUUUAUGACGUUCCCCCAGAGUUUAUAAUACCAUUGGGUGAGGUCACAUGUGAGACAGGAGAGACCAUCGUUUUUAGGUGUAAAGUCUGUGGUCGCCCGAAAGCUUCAGUAACUUGGAAGGGUCCUGAUCAUAACACCCUAAGCAAUGACAGUCACUACAGCAUUUUGUACAGUGAUUUAGGAGAGGCAUCCUUGAAAAUCAUUGGUGUGACCACAGACGACGAUGGUAUCUAUACCUGUAUAGCUGCAAACGAUAUGGGUUCGGUUUCAUCUUCAGCCAGUCUUCGAGUUUUAGGUCCUGGAAGUGAUGGGAUCAUGGUAAUCUGGAAAGACAACUUUGAUUCCGUGUACAGUGAAGUGGCUGAACUUGGCAGGGGCAGGUUUUCUGUUGUUAAGAAAUGUGAUCCGAAGGGAACCAAGCGAGCAGUGGCCACUAAGUUUGUGAACAAGAAGUUGAUGAAACGAGACCAGGUUACCCAUGAACUCGGAGUCAUGCAGAAUCUCCAGCAUCCCCAGCUCAUUGGCCUUCUAGAUACCUUUGAGACUUCCACCAGCUACGUCCUAGUAUUAGAGAUGGCUGACCAGGGUCGCCUUCUAGACUGUGUUGUGCGAUGGGGAAACCUCACUGAAGGGAAGAUCAGGCUCUAUCUGGGAGAGAUUCUGGAAGCUGUACAGUAUCUUCACAACUGCAGAAUAGCACACCUGGACCUAAAGCCUGAAAACAUUCUGGUGGAUCAGAGCUCAGCUAAGCCAACAAUAAAACUGGCUGACUUUGGAGAUGCCGUCCAGCUCAAUACCACCUAUUAUAUCCACCAGUUACUCGGGAACCCAGAGUUUGCAGCUCCUGAAAUUAUCCUCGGAAAUCCUGUCUCCCUCACCUCAGAUGUUUGGAGCAUUGGAGUGCUCACAUAUGUCCUUCUUAGUGGCGUCUCUCCUUUCCUGGAUGAAAGUGUAGAGGAAACUUGCCUGAAUAUUUGCCGCUUAGACUUUAGUUUCCCAGAUGAUUACUUCAAAGGAGUUAGCCAAAAGGCCAAAGAUUUUGUAUGUUUCCUACUUCAGGAUGACCCAGCUAAGCGUCCUUCUGCUGCAUUGGCCCUUCAAGAGCAAUGGCUGCAGCUGGGGAAUAGCAAAAAUGUUGACAGCAUUGACAUAUCCAGACUGACUUCGUUCAUUGAGCGGCGAAAACACCAGAAUGAUGUUCGACCCAUUCGUAGCAUUAAAAACUUCUUACAGAGCAGGCUCUUGCCAAGAGUUUGACCUCGCUUGAAAUUCUCUCUCAUUCUCUUUCACCUGCCAAUCAGACUGGAGAUAGAAAUCUCCUGCCAAUCAGCUGUUGACUUGAAUUUUGGAGAAAAAAAAA